AGUCCGGGUGUAGAGCAGAUCGUGCCUCGGCCCUGGCCGGAGGGCGGCGGAGUCCGUUCCCGAGUAGCUGCCCCGCUCCCGCGGCGCGCCGGGGCUGCGGAGACUCGGAGCCGAGCGCCGGGGCUGCGGUCCCGGCGUGUGAGAAGGACCUUGCUCGCCCAGGCCUGGCGCCUUUGUUUCCGCGACAGGGCCGUGGCGCUCGAGUCCGGGUUUGCUCCCGCCUUGCGCCUCGAAGAAGCCGUCCCAGUAUCUGCCCGAGCCCUCUUUGCUCGGGUGCCUGGAAUAGUUUUCUUUUUCCUUCUCACGAAGGAGUGGCCGAACAGCUCCAUUCUGGGCAUGCGGUAGAACGUCCUGCAAGAGUUAGUGAAGUUGAGGUGCUUUUAGACAAAUCAGAAAUUGUCGUGGCUCUGCUCGGGGGACACAGAGCCAUAUGCUCAGUGUUGCCCAGGUGUCGUUGUGAGCAUGGGUGGUGCUGUGAGUGCUGGCGAGGACAAUGACGAGCUGAUAGACAACCUGAAGGAAGCCCAGUAUAUCCGCACCGAGCUGGUGGAGCAGGCUUUCCGAGCUAUCGAUCGUGCAGAUUAUUAUCUCGAAGAAUUUAAAGAAAAUGCUUAUAAAGACUUGGCGUGGAAGCAUGGAAACAUUCACCUUUCGGCCCCGUGCAUCUACUCGGAGGUGAUGGAAGCCCUGGAUCUGCAGCCUGGACUCUCGUUUCUGAACCUGGGCAGUGGCACUGGGUACCUGAGCUCUAUGGUGGGCCUCAUUCUAGGUCCUUUUGGUGUAAACCAUGGGGUGGAACUUCACUCAGAUGUGAUAGAAUAUGCAAAGCAGAAACUGGACUUUUUCAUCAGAACAAGCGAAAGCUUCGACAAGUUUGACUUCUGUGAGCCUUCCUUUGUUACUGGCAAUUGCUUGGAGAUUUCUCCUGAUUGUGCCCAGUAUGAUCGGGUGUACUGUGGGGCUGGCGUGCAGAAGGAGCAUGAAGAGUACAUGAAGAAUCUGCUCAAGGUGGGAGGGGUCCUCGUCAUGCCCCUGGAAGAGAAGUUGACUAAGAUAACGCGCACAGGCCCUUCAGCUUGGGAAACCAAAAAGAUUCUGGCUGUUUCUUUUGCUCCUCUGAUCCAGCCCUGCCAUUCAGAGUCAGGAAAAUCAAGACUUGUCCAAUUACCUCCAGUGGCAGUUCGCAGCCUCCAGGACCUGGCUCGCAUUGCCAUCCGGGCCACCAUUAAAAAGGUCAUUCAUCAGGAAACAGUGAGCAAAAAUGGAAAUGGACUAAAGAACACCCCCAGGUUUAAACGAAGGAGAGUUCGCCGCCGUCGAAUGGAAACGAUUGUCUUUUUGGACAAAGAGGUCUUUGCCAGUCGGAUUUCCAACCCCUCUGAUGACAACAGCUGUGAAGACUUGGAAGAGGAACGGCGGGAAGAAGAGAAGACCCCACCCGAAACGAAGCCAGACCCCCCUGUGAACUUUCUACGCCAGAAAGUCCUGAGCCUCCCUCUACCAGAUCCCCUGAAAUACUACUUGCUUUAUUACAGAGAAAAAUAAAUCUCCUGUUGGAGAGGGGAAACGAGGAAGAGCAGAUUGCCAAGUCUGCCGUGUGUGCCGCCUGUCUGCCACGGAGGAGACGCCUGGGAGCAGACGCUGUGGGGAAGGGGACUGUGUCCGUGUCCACACUGUAGUCUUCUUUUUCUAGUUCUUGAUUGUCCUCUAAACUUUUGAUUCAGUGGUGUGAUUUCUUUACAUAAUCCGACAGGAUCUACACUGCAUAGAAGAAUGUUCUCCCAAAGCGGAGAGGAUCUUCUUAGAGAAGGGUAGAAGGGUAUUUCUGUUUUAGUUCUGGUGAAACACUAACGUGGACAUGGUAGAGACUAUUUGAUGUCUGUCCCUUUCACAAGAUGCACAAGAUUUUAUGCAUUAAAAAUGAAACCUGAAGCUGAAACUAACCUGUGUUGCUCAUAAAGUGUGAAACAAAGCACCAGUUUGUAAAUGUAUAAAAAUUUUUCUGGGUAUGACACACCUAUGUCCAAGUUUGAAUUUUAUGAUAACAACCUCUUAAUUACUGGCACUGAGUUUCACUGAACUUCUUAGUUUUCUAGAGGGGAAAACAUUAUUGAGAAGCCUUCCCUGAUUUUAAGUAAAUUAAUUAAUUUUUAUUUGUCAAUUGUAAUUUUUAAAAGGAAAAACUGUGAUGAGGGAGGAAGAAUAAAAGAUCAAAUUGCAGGAUAUCUUUCUAGGAAUUCCAAAAGAAUUUCAAGGAGUCUUUUUCUGACCCCUUUGUUACCUUUAAAAGAACCACUGUCAGGUAAUCCCUAAAAAAAUAUCCUGAAAAAGGAAACAAGUUUUCCUGUGUGCGUAAGUAGUAAGGUAAAUUACUUUUGCCCUAACCAUAGGGCUGAUUAUUUACCCAGCUUUAAAAACUGUAACGGGUUUCUAGGUGUUGACACACUCAAUCCUUAGAACAGGUAGAAAAUAUUAAGAUGGCAGAAAAUAGAUUGGGGCCUAUAUUAUAGACAGCCUGUGCUUUUUAACUUCAGUUUGCUAUUUUUCUGUGAUCAUAUUAGAGUACUGAUUCAUAGAUUUUAUCUUUUAUAAUUCUGGAGAAAAAGAGAUUUGUUAGUUUUGUAAUUUUUCUUAAGAACAAAUAUUUGUAUUUUAGUUGCUCAGUUGUAUUAGAACAGUGUAACUCACAGCGACUUAUGAAAUCAGUCUUCUGUCUUAUCAAAUUGUGGGGCUAGAAGAAGAGCAGUCUUUCUAGUAGUCAGACAGCAGAAUGAUUAGAAGUUACAUUGUUUAUUCCAGAACAUUUUUUUUUUUUUACCCAAAGACAAGAGGAGUAGUAUAAAUUGUUAACAUUAAACCUAAAUUCAGAGUGUUGACAUAGGAUUAAGUAUCCAGAUUUUAUAAUUAAUUUUUAACCCUUAGACUCUUGGAAGUUGUUGGGUUUUGAUGUCUCUGUGGUUUCACCAGCUUAACUGAGUUGUGAUUAUUUUGAAUCUUUUCUACUUUUUUUAGUGACUUAAUCAUUUUUACAAUACAGUCUGCAUGCAUAGCUGUAUAUUGCCCUAGUUUGGUGAAUUUAAGUUACUUUAAAGGAAAUUCAUAGUUGUUACUUUUUAACUCAAAGUCAAGCUUCAUUCUUUCAGAGAGAAAUGCAUGAUUUAAGUUUACUUGCUAAUACUUCAUAGUUUGCAAAUCCUUAUUGACAUUAUUCUAAUUGUUAUGUAGAGACUUCUACAGCACAUGAAAAUUUUUGGACAUAAUAAAUGAAUGAUACCCAUGAAAUUUGUUGCAUUAGGUGGCUUGACUAAAUUUUUUCCAUAGUUGUAUGUGGGCUGUGUUUUUUAAAAAUCAAAUUUGCCCUUAUGCUAGAUUGUAGAAAUCAUUACAAUGCAUAAGACAUGUUUUUUCCCUUAGAUGUUAAACUUUUCCUAGCAUUUUGUAUUUAUAUGUUGUCAGUUUGUGAUUUUUAAGCCAAAAUUUGGUUUAAAAAAUAUGGUUGUAAUAUAUGUGAGAAAUAGGUUGAUAUUUAUCUUAUAAAAAGAAAGGAGGAUUGUAAAUAAGUUUUCUUGUGCACCUGACUGCAGAAUUCAGUAUAAUACACUGUUUUCUGUUUUCAAACAGACAAAUCAUAAUAUAGUCUGUAUAUGCAAGAUCUAUAUUGUAAACCACAUUCUUGACAACUGUAUACUUUUAUGUUUUGAGCAGUCUGUAUUUUAAUAUGUGACUUUCGUCUUGAAAAGUGAUAAAGCCCUAGACGUAUAUGCAAAACAAAUUUCAAAUUAAUAGAUGUUCAGUAUGUAAGAAUCAAAUACGUAUGUGAAAAUAGUUUUGUUAGUCUGGAACUUACUAGGGAAAAAUCCAAGAAAUUUGAAACAUGGAUUUUAGUGAGCUUAUAUACAUGGAUGAAUAGAAAUGAUAUCAAUAAAGGUAGUUAAGACAUUUUAUCCUCAGCAUUGCUUCUGUGUCCCAUGUGGGAUUUAAAUUCUUGAAUACGUUCUUUAUAAAAUCUUUAAAAAAUAGA